AUGUGGAUACAUCCAAUCAUCGAAGAAAGGCAGCGAAAAGGUCAUUUUCAUCCAUUGUUUGCUGAAGUACAAAGAGAUGAAAAAAAGUUUUUCAACUUUACUAGGAUGUCGCGAAGUACUUUUUACGAGUUAUUAGCAGUUUGUGGAGAAAAACUAGCAAAGAAAGAUACACCUAUGAGAAAUGCGAUAACAUCAGAGGAAAAACUAGUAAUAACUAUCCGAUAUUUGGCUACGGGCUGCUCUUUGGCCGAAUUACAUUAUAAUUUUCGUAUUGGUAGAUCUACUGCUAGUAACAUUAUCCAAGAAGUAUGCGAAGCAAUAUGGAUUGAAUUAGCAGACAAAGUUAUACCGCAAUGUUCAACAGAGAAAUGGAUAGAAAUUGCUAAAGUGUUUCAAACAUGUGCACAGUUUCUCAACUGUAUAGGAGCAAUAGACGGAAACAUAUUCGGACUAAGCAGCCACUCAAUAGUGGGUCUAUGUACUACUUAUAAUUAUAAACAGUACUAUUCUACGUACUGUUUGCGAUGUGCGAUGCCAAUUAUUGCUUCACUUGGCGAUAAGACAUUCCCCUUAUCCGAAAAUUUGCUUAGGCCUUUUGGAGGUAAACAACUGACACCUUUGAAAGAAACUUUCAAUGCUAGAUUAACCCGAGCCAGAAGAUAUAUUGAAUGCUGUUUUGGUAUUCUAGCCAACAAAUGGCGUAUAUUUCAUCGACCUAUUGAUGCAACUGUAGUUAAAGCUGCUUGUGCGUUACAUAAUUUUAUAAGGACAAGGGAUGGCACUCGGUCGAAUGACGAGAAGUUAGAUGAAAAUAUCAAUCUUGAAGGUCUAGCACCAGAUACAACCCAUAGAGGAAAUCCAUUAGCAUUAUCCGCUAGAGAUAAAUACGCUCAAUAUUUUGUAAAACAAAAAACCGUUUAA